UCACCAGUCCUCACCUUCAAAUCUCAAGAAAAACUCAAAACUCAAAAGUCCUCAGAUCUCAACCAUGUCAGGCCGAGGAAAGGGCGGGAAGGGGCUGGGCAAGGGCGGAGCGAAGCGCCACCGGAAGGUUCUCAGGGACAACAUCCAGGGGAUCACGAAGCCGGCGAUCCGCCGCCUCGCGAGGAGAGGAGGGGUGAAGAGGAUCAGCGGGCUGAUCUACGAGGAGACGAGAGGGGUUCUCAAGAUCUUCCUCGAGAACGUGAUCCGCGACGCCGUGACGUACACUGAGCACGCGAGGAGGAAGACGGUGACGGCGAUGGACGUCGUCUACGCGCUGAAGAGGCAGGGGAGGACUCUGUAUGGGUUCGGGGGCUAAAACCAAAAAACAAAAAGAUUAGGCGAAAAUUGUAACAAAUUCAGGCUUAAAUUGCUUAGAAAUGUCGUUGUCUUACUUAAUUUAAUGUCAAAGUGGUAUCUUUUUUCUCGACUCGGCUGGGCGUACGUUCAAUGUAAUCACGCAUUGAUUGUGGUGUCAGCACUUAGAGUUUGCGCUAAAUCUGGUAUUUAGUCUUAAACAA